GGUGGUAUUUUGUGGUCAAUAUAAAAUUACUUGUAUUACAAUAGAUUUUUCAAAUUUUGUAGUGUAAUUUAUAACAAUGAGUGAUGAAAAAUCAGAGGAUAACACGGCGAGUUUAUCUAGCGCAACGGAAACUUUAAAAAUAGAAGAUAAAGAUAAUGGCGACGCCGUGAAAUCGGAUAAAGUGAAAAUUGACAUAUUAUUGAAGGCAACCGGCAACGCUCCGAUCAUGAAGAAGAAGAAGUGGGCCGUGGACGCAGAGAAGCCCAUCGGCUGGAUCAUGGAGUUUGUCAAGAAGUACCUGAAGCUGGAACCUGAUGAGAGACUUUUCCUGUACGUGAACCAGACAUUCGCGCCGUCCCCGGACCAGAUAGUGAAGAACCUAUACGAGUGUUUUGGUACAGACGGUAAACUGGUGCUGCACUACUGCAAGAGCCAGGCGUGGGGCUGAAUGGAAAUACUUCAGUAUAUAUGCCUUAUAACGACCAUAGGCUUAAUAAGAGUCUC